AUGUCACUCCCUACCACAAAAAGGGAUGUCUCGCCCUCAUCUACGCCAGAGAACAAUGCUGCUUCUUCACGUAGUAUAUCGACACGAGUUGGCGGCGAAGAUGAAAACGCGUUGAAAAAGGAGAACUCAGAUAGUUCUAACGAUCAAGACGAAAAGAGACAAGGACAGUCGAGCGGAUACGACGAAAAAGGUAUUCAGGAGAUCGAAGACGAAGGAACGAAAAGAAAAGUUAUGGUGGUUUUGGAACAUAAAAGUGGGAAAGAAAUGUUAAAAGAUGUCGGUGGCGGGCCUUAUACAAUACCGAGAUGGCGACACUCUCUGCCAUUCGUAAAGCCUAAACAUCCUCCUCCACCAGCACCACUGUCCCUCGACGAUGCCAAAGUAACUCCUGAAGUAUCAGCCAAUUUCUUCGACAGAUUGUUCUUCAAUUGGAUCAGUCCGAUGAUGGCUUUGGGCUCAGCAAGGCCGCUGCAGGAGACUGAUUUAUGGAAGAUGGAUGAUGCUCGUUCUGCUCAACUCCAAGCUGAUAAACUCUUGAGAUAUUAUGAAGCCCGAACAAUCGCCGCUAAAGAAUAUAAUACUCGUCUGGCAGAUCCCAAAACACCUUUACCGCUCUCGCGUCGACUGAUAUAUCCAUUAAUGCCCAAUCGACAAAAGAGAGAGAAAGCUUACCGGGAAACUCACGGGAAGAAACGUGCUUCUUUGGCUAUGUCCCUUUUAGACGUGUUUGGAUGGUACUUCAUGUCUGCAGGAGUAAUCAAACUUUUCGGUGAUGUUUGUUCCGCGGUCACGCCUCUUUUGAUCAAAGCUUUGAUCAAAUUUUCAACAAAUUGGCAACUCGCCGAAGCUACAGGUGGAGCAAAACCAAAAAUUGGUAAUGGUGUCGGAAUGGCAAUAGGAUUAUUGCUGUUACUCGUUGUGGCGAGUUUGAGUAUACAUCAUUACUUUGUUCGAUCCAUGGGAGUCGGAGUGAUGGCCCGAUCAGCACUUAUCUCCGGUAUAUAUCAGCAAGCUCUUCGAUUUACUCAGAAGUCCAGAGGUGAAAUACCCAAUGGUAAACUUGUCAAUCAUAUAUCCACAGAUACAAGUAGAAUCGAUUUUGCAGCUGGUUUCGCCCACAUGAUUUGGACUGCCCCAGUUCAAAUGAUCGUUAUCAUAAUCAUUCUGCUUGUUCAAAUCGGUUAUUCCGCUCUUCCUGGUAUUGCCUUCCUGAUCAUUAUGACUCCUCUUCAAGUCGGGUUUAUGAAGAGACUAUUCAUGUUCCGUAUGAAAGCUGCCAAGUGGACUGAUAAGCGGGCGAAACUACUUCAAGAAAUUCUAGGUGGAAUGCGGAUCGUCAAAUACAUGGCGUGGGAACUUCCAUUCCUUGAGCGAAUCCAUGCCAUCCGAGGAAUGGAAUUGAAAUACAUUCGAAUGUUAUUGAUCUUCCGAUCAGGAAUGAUGGCUUUCGCGAUGUCUCUCCCGACCUUGGCUGCGAUCUUGUCGUUUAUCACUUACAGUGCGACUUCACAUGGUCUCCAAGCAGCCACCAUCUUCACUGUCAUCACUCUUUUCCAACUUAUGAGAAUGCCAUUGAUGAUGUGGCCAAUGACACUUUCUGCUGUUGCGGAUGCCCACAAUGCUUUGAAACGAUUGGAAGUCGUCUUCGAUGCCGAGCUUGUCACCGAGACGAAAAGAUUAGAUGCAUCAAUGGAAGAUGCCAUCUCUAUCGAACAUGCUUCUUUCACUUGGGAUGCCGCUCCUAUAGAAGAUGACGAUGGGAUGAUGAAAAAGCUUCAAGGCAGAUACGGCAAAACCUUGGGUGGCCCAGCUGGCAAAGCCGGUCCUCCUCAGAAGAAAGCAAAGGACAAGAAGAAGAAAAAGAUGUUCUGGAAUAAAAAGUCCAAGAAGAUCACAGCGGUUCAAGAAAUUGAAAGUGAAAUGGCUUCGGGAGGUCCUCAUGACGCUGAAGCGAGUGCUCCAGCUGUUGGUCAAGGCACUGGGUACGCCGUACCAGCUGUCGAAGAGGCACAAGAAUCGUCACCUGAGCAGAAGAUUUUCUCAAUCAAAGAUAUCAAUAUAAACAUACCAAGAGGCUCACUUACUGCAAUCGUCGGUGCUAUCGGUUCUGGAAAGUCGAGUUUACUACAAGGUCUCAUGGGAGAAAUGAGACGGACUGAAGGAAAGGUUACCUUUUCUGGCUCCACCGCCUUGUGUGCCCAAUCUCCUUGGAUACAGAAUGCGACUGUACGAGAAAACAUCCUCUUUGGACAACCCUGGGAUGAGGAGCGAUACUGGAACGCUGUACGGGAUUCCUGCUUAGAGCCCGACCUCGAGUUGCUCGAAGACGGUGACGGAACAGAGAUCGGUGAAAAAGGUAUCAAUUUGUCCGGCGGUCAAAAGCAGCGAGUAAAUAUCGCCCGAGCCAUCUAUUUCAAUGCCGAUAUCAUCGCUCUGGACGAUCCUCUCUCAGCUCUGGAUGCUGGUGUUGGUAAAGCCAUUUUCUUCAACGCUAUCAUCGGCGCGCUCUCUGGUAAAACCCGAGUGCUUGUCACCCACGCUUUGCACUUCUUGCCUUAUGUCGACAAUAUCAUUGUCAUGGACGAUGGACACGUCGGUGAGAUGGGAACGUUCAACGAACUCAAAGCACAAAAUGGCGCAUUCGCAAGAUUGAUCAAGGAAUUUGGAAACGAAGAUCAACGGGAAGAGUCACUCGAAACUGAAGAAGAAGCAAUGAAUUCAUCCGGUCCUACCCAUGAAUACGAUCGAUCAAAGAUGGUAGCCAAAGGAACCGCUCAUAAGCUGAUGCAAUCCGAAGAAAGAAACACUGGUGCUCUUAGAAAAGGUACAUUCUGGGAGUAUAUCAAAGCUGGUAAUGGAGUUUUCAUGACUCCAAUCUUGUUCGUGGCCAUUGCCUUUGCUCAAGCUACAUACGUGAUUACCUCAUAUUGGCUAGUAUGGUGGCAAGAGUAUAAGUGGGACUACGGAAAUGGCUUCUACAUGGGUAUCUAUGCCUUUUUGGGUAUCUUUACCGCGGUCACAAUGUUCUUCCAGGGUUUCUCCAACGCCUUGAUCAAUUAUUUCGCCUCGGUUCAUAUUCACAAAAGGGCAAUUACCAGAGUCAUGUUUGCUCCCCAAUCAUUCUUCGAUACUACACCUCUUGGUCGAAUCAUGAAUCGAUUCUCAAAAGAUACCGAUACCAUCGAUAACACUCUAUCCGACGCUAUGAGAAUGGCUAUCGGUACUCUUUCUAACAUCGUUGGUGCAACCAUCUUACUUGCUAUUGUUGAACCAUACUUCCUCAUCGCCAUGGCUGUCGUAGCCUUAUUAUACGUGCACAACGCUGCAUUCUACCGACGAUCAUCAAGAGAAUUCAAGAGAAUCGACUCGAUUUUACGAUCUUCCCUUUACUCUCAUUUCUCCGAAUCACUUUCGGGUGUGGCCACUAUCCGAUCGUAUGGUGAAUCCGACCGAUUUUUCAGAGAUAACGUCUAUCGAAUGGAUGUCGAAAAUCGAGCUUAUUACCUUACAAUCAUCAAUCAACGUUGGUUGGGAAUGAGACUCGAUUUCUUAGGAUCAUUGCUCUCUUUCUCCGUGGCUAUCAUUGUGGUCUGUUCACAUAAAGUUUCAGCCGCUUCUGGUGGUUUGGGAUUAUCCACCAUCAUCACUGUUCAACAGUCUUUCUCAUGGUUGGUCAGACAAAUUGCAGAAGUCGAAAAUGAUAUGGUCGGUGCAGAGAGAAUAAUGCAUUAUGCCAAUGAGUUGGAUCAAGAAGCUCCACAUGACAUCAAAGAGGUCAAACCACCAGCUUCAUGGCCAGAUCAAGGUAAAAUCGAAUUCUCAAACGUCAAGAUGAGGUAUCGAGAAGAAUUACCUGAUGUUCUUAAAGGACUCACGAUGGACGUCGGAGUAUGCGAAAAAAUCGGUGUAGUAGGUAGAACCGGUGCAGGUAAAUCAUCCAUCAUGGUAGCUUUAUUCCGUAUGGCGGAAUUGUCAGCUGGAUCAAUCAAGAUCGAUGGGAUUGAUGUAUCGAAAAUUGGUCUGAACGAUUUAAGAUCCGGUAUAUCGAUCAUUCCUCAAGAUCCUUUGUUAUUCAGUGGUACUUUAAGAUCCAAUAUUGAUCCAUUCAACACUAAGUCAGAUGCUGAAUUAUAUGAUACCUUAAGAAGAGCACAUCUCGUUUCAAGUACACCGAGACAAUCAAUAGCAAAUCGAAAUUCGCUCGAAAACACCAAUAGGUUCUCUCUUGAUACUGUGAUCGAAGAAGAAGGUGGUAAUCUUUCAGUCGGUGAAAGAUCUUUGGUGUCUCUAGCAAGAGCUCUAGUUAGAGACUCCAAAGUAUUAGUACUAGAUGAAGCUACAGCUUCGGUCGACGUCGAAACGGAUUCAAAGAUUCAACAUACCAUAAGAAACGAAUUUAAAGAUAAAACACUAUUAUGUAUAGCUCAUAGAUUGAAGACUAUCUUGAGCUACGAUAGAAUUUUAGUCAUGGCUGACGGUAAAGUUGAGGAAUUCGAUACACCCGAAAACUUGUUCUUGCAAGAUGGAGUAUUUACUGAAAUGUGUGGUAAAGCAAGUUUGACUCUAGCGGAUAUCAGAGCUGCUGCUGCAUUACGAUUUUAG